AUCCAGCAGAGUCGAUCGCGGUGAGGAAACAGGACAUUUAACAACCGUCCAAAGGUUUCACAUCUUCUUACCUGUUCUUCCUCGGUUCAGCUCGGGUUAUACUCACAUCUAGACUCGCCUCCUCUCCUCCAGACUCGUUUAUAUAACUUUAUAAUCGUAGUUGACAUCGUCUCUGUACAUCCGCGGACACACCCUCUGGAUUUCAGGAGCCACAACGACGACUUGAAUCCUUCCGUUUUGUUGAUUAAUCCUUUAAAAGACUGAAACAUGGCAUAUCCAGGAUACGGUGCUCCUCCCGCAGGGCAGGAUCCUCUCUACGGAUAUUUUACAGCUGUAGCUGGACAGGAUGGACAGAUCUCUGCAGACGAGCUUCAGCAGUGCCUCACGCAGUCUGGCAUGGCUGGAUCAUACAAACCCUUCAGCCUGGAGACCUGCAGACUGAUGAUCAGCAUGUUGGAUCGGGACAUGUCGGGCACCAUGGGCUUUCAUGAGUUCAAGGAACUGUCCAACGUUCUGAGCGGCUGGAAGGCGACCUUCAUGUCCUACGACCGUGACCACAGUGGGACGGUGGAGGGUCCUGAGCUGCAGCAUGCCCUCACCGCCAUGGGUUUUAAUCUGAGCCCUCAGGCCAUGAACAUCAUCAUGAAGCGCAACAGCACCAACGGUCGAAUCGGCUUCGACGACUUCAUCACCUGUUGCAUCAGAGUCAGAGCCCUGACUGAUCAGUUCCGGAGGAGAGACACGAGCCACAGUGGACAAGCCAUGUUUCAGUACGAUGAUUUCAUGCAGGUCACCAUGAGUCUAUGAAGAGGAUCAGACUGAACAAA